AUGAUCUGCGUGUCUCAAUGUCCCGACGUGAACUCGCGGCACUUCUCUUCCAACCCUCAGUCUAUCAAGAGAUAUUACACCAUUCCCAACUUCAUCUGCGUGUCGAGGAUCGCUGCCACUCCGCUGAUAUGCCACCUUAUGCUCAGCGGGCAAGACGAGAUGGCGUUCUAUGGCCUUGCUGUGGCGGCGAUCAGUGACGGUCUGGAUGGCUUCAUUGCAAGAAAUUUCGACCAGAAGUCCGUGCUGGGCUCGCAUCUCGAUCCGCUCUCGGACAAGGUCCUGGUGAACUCGCUCAUGAUCGCUUGCGCCAUGAAGGGGACUCUGCCAGUCUGGCUGGUCUCGACGGUGUUUUUCAGGGAUUUCUUGCUCGUAGCAGGAUCUUUCGCCGUUGCCAUAAAAGGUGCAUCUAAGGCCCAUCAGCCACUGACUAAGUUUGUCCUUGAUUCCGACAAGCCGUUGGAGAUCAAAGUGGCGCCGUUUUCCCCUACGUAA